AUGACGAUCAAGAGAGUGUGGCACGGCUAUACUACCACCGAGAACGCCGACGCAUAUCAGACUCUAUUGAUAUGUGAAGUUUUACCGAGAAUUAAAGCCAAAAACAUACCAGGACUCACAAACAUCGAAGUAAUGCGGUACAAACACGAAGAAACGAACACAAACGGCAAGAUAGGAGAGACAGGAGAAGUCGAGUAUGUAGUUACGAUCACAUAUGAAACACUUGCGCAUGUGGUGACCUUCGCGGGUAUGGACUACGAGAAGGCAUAUCUGCCAGAGAAAGCGCGGACGUUGCUAGCGCGAUACGAUGACAGAUGCAUGCACUACGAGGUUGUUGACGUCGUGACAUAG